UGACCAUUUCCUGCAGUGUACCUUUAAAGCAUAACUCGCCACAGUAAAAUUUGAUGGUGCUGCGAAUCUGCAUUUCUUUGAAACGUAAAAAAAGGUUUCAUGUACACGCAUGCAUCAUCAGCACAUACUCUAAAAACGUGACCCAUGAUUAAAUGUACAGUAAGCCGCUGAGGCAUGUCCUCACUGCAAGCAUUCAAUAUCACGCACUGCAAGAGGCAACACUGUAUUGGGAUGCCACACAGAAGACAGUCCAUGUCAGGCAUGGUGUCAUGGAUACCAGUGGAGAUGCUUAUGGGUAUUUCAAUGACAGCCUCUCUAGCACUGGUUGGAGUGUUUUGGAGAUAAGAGCUGGAUAUGGGAGGACCACCCAGUCCGAUGCCGUCACUUACUUCCUGGCUGGAUAUCUGGAGGGUUACCUGACAGCUCAACAGAUGUUGAGCCAUUAUGUGAACAUGUACCCCCAUCUGAUGAAGGACAAAAGAGUUCUGGUGCCUUUGAGUAAUUUUCUGAGGGAGCAGGAUGCAUGGACCAGGGCUCAGGUCAAGCUGAAAAAGGACAAGAGUGACCCCUUAUGGCAGCAUAUGGGAUUAAUCAUUUCUCAGUUGGAUGGGCUUCAUGCAGGUGCCGCAGACUGGGCCAAGAGCCAGCAAAGAGAGUUCUUGUCCAUGUUCGCCAUACAGUUCCUCAACGCAGUCGGGGACCUGCUGGAUUUGAUCCCUGUCCUGAGAUCCCGAAAGUUCAACCUGUCUGAGUUAUUCAGCAAGCCAACCAUGGGCCACUGUUCAGCACUAAUCAAGAUGUUGCCAGGCUAUGAAAACCUCUUGUUUGGACACUCCAGCUGGUACACUUAUGCUGCCUCAAUGCGCAUCUACAAGCACUGGGAUUUCAGGCUGUCCACCGCUGCUGCCGUAGCCACGGGCAAGAUGUCCUUCAGCAGCUACCCCGGCCUGCUGACAUCGCUGGAUGAUUUCUACUUGCUGGGCAGUGGGCUGCUGCUGACCCAAACCACAAACAGCAUAUUCAACUCCUCCCUCUUCUCCACCCUCAACCCACGGAGCCUGUUUGCCUGGCAGAGGGUACGAUUGGCCAAUGUCAUGGCACGGACUGGCGCACAGUGGAGUGAUAUUUUCUCCAAAUAUAAUUCAGGAACCUAUAAUUGCCAGUACAUGGUGGUAGACCUGAACAGAGUGUCGCUGGGGAGGAGGAUUGAAGACGGAGCGCUGACAGUGGUGGAGCAGAUCCCAGGCCUGGUGAUGUCAUCCGAUCAGACCCAGGCAUUACGCCAGGGCUACUGGGCUUCCUACAACAUCCCGUUCCACUCGACCAUCUACGUGCUGAGUGGCUACGGCUCCAUGUGGCGGCAGCUGGGGGAGGAGUACUCCUAUGACCUAUGCCCCCGCGCCAAGAUCUUCCGCCGGGACCAGGGCAGAGUCCUGAGCUGGGCCGCCAUGAAGAGCAUGAUGCGCUACAACAACUACAAAAGAGACCCAUAUGCCAAGGGCCAUCCCUGCAAAACCAUCUGCUGCCGUAAUGACUUAAGGAUUAGGAGAGCACGGCCGGGGGGCUGCUACGACACUAAGGUGACAGACUACCAUCAGGCGCGGCAGUUCAUGGCCGAGGCCGUGAGUGGGCCCACCACCCAUGGCGGACUGCCCCCCUUCUCCUGGAGCGGGUUCAACCGGACCUCCCAUCUGGGCCUCCCGCACACGUACAACUUCAGUUUCGUAACCAUGCGGCCCAUGCUUUUCUCACCGUGA